CUGAGCAACACUCGUCAGGUUGCGCACUCUAUAAAUUUCCGUUACUUCUCUGUUUCGUCUCUCUGCUUCAUACGUGUUGCUCGGAAAAGAUAAUCUCCUUCCUUCCUUUCCUAAGGUUGGCGUUCGCGAGUGGACGAUCGGGUAAUUGCGAGCACUCAUCGUAUCGGUAAUAUUGUCAGCCAUGAAUUCUAGGAGGGAUCUCCGAAACAACAGGGUUGCCCUUUUUGAUGGCAUUGAAGAGGGUGGUAUCAGGGCAUCAUCCUCGUACUCUUCCCAUGAAAUUGAUGAACAUGACAAUGAAACAGCACUGGAUGGAUUGCAAGAUAGAGUCAAUCUUCUAAAAAGAUUGUCAGGUGAUAUAAAUGAGGAGGUGGAUAACCAUAACCGUAUGCUGGACCGAAUGGGCAAUGAUAUGGAUGCAUCAAGAGGAAUCCUUUCAGGCACUAUGGACAAAUUUAAAAUGGUAUUCGAGACAAAAUCAAGCCGGAGAAUGUUCACACUUGUGGUGUCAUUUGUUGUAGUUUUUCUUAUAGUAUACUAUCUAACUAGGUAACUGUCAUCUGCAUUAGGAUUGAGAAGGAGCUGUUGUUAAUUUUACUGUAAUUACCCUUACUAGUAAAGAUACUCCGCUGUGUUUGUAUAAAGAUUUUGAUAAUACAAACAGGUAUUGAACGCGAAGAGCAAUGUUCAUACUUCGUUUGCUUUUUGUUGUCACCUUUUCUGAUUGAACCAUAGAUCUUUGAAAGAAUUGAGCAGCUUUUCAAA